AUGAAUGUCAACGCAUCACAUGUGAAGUUCACAACGAAGGUUGUACCAUCGACUGAAUACUUGCAUACGGUGAAGGAUGAAGGAAGGCAUUACACAGUUUGCCUCUUAGAGAGAAAGUGCAGUUGUGGGCAGUUCCAAGUUGACGAAUUACCAAGCCCACAUGCUUGGGAUGUCUUGAAGAGAAAGUUUCUAAUGCCAGAAGAUUAUUGCUCGGACUAUUACAAACCAAAGUCUGUUGUAAUGACAUACGAGGUGCCCGUUUAUCCGCUGCCUGACCGAAAUGAAGGGAAUAUACCAGCACAUAUAUCAGAAGCAGUUGUCUUACCACCCAAAUGGAAAAGACCUCCUGGAAGGCCAAAGAAGAAGUGCGAUAAGCUGUUCAGUGAAUUGUUGCAGAAGAAAAAUCAACAUUCGUGUAGCAUAUGUGGGCAGGGAGGACAUAAUAAGCGUACUUGUAGAAAUGCUCCACAUAGGACUUAG